AUGGCUGGAGAAGCUCUUGAGCUGGUUGAGUUCUUGAAAGAGAAGAAGUUGGACGACUUUGCGAAUAUCAUCUUGCAAUCGCUCAAAUUUGGCGGGACUUGUUUGGUGCGAGAGGAUCUUUCGGCCAUCUCCGACCCAAAAGAUGUGUCGAUGAUCACCGAAUUUUUUGAUACCUACCGUACGGAGGAGAACGGAGUGCCGGUUGGCUUCAACUUUCUGGCCGCGCAGCCCAUUGUCGCCAGCAUUGCGACAAAAUCGAAUUAUUUCGAUCUGUUUUGGGUUCUGGAGAAGAAGUUGUUCAUCGACGACGUGAAGACCGGCGUUACUACCUUCCGCGACUUCCUCGACAAAACCCAAUACACCACCACCUCGAUCGGGGCCUACGAGUUCAUCUUCGGCGGCGCCAACUUCAUCUCGCCAGGAGGCUGGUCCGAGAAUCUACGCGUCUUGAAGCGGUUCAAGAACUUGAAGCCCGGCCAGGCAAUGCUGGACAUUGGCGUGGGGAUUGGUGGUGGAGCUCGGCAGGCGGCUUCUGAAUUUGGCCUUCAAGUGACUGGAAUCGAUUUGUCGUCCAACAUGAUCAGCCAGGCCUUGCUGAAGAAUCAUAGGGACAAGGAUACCCGUGUCAAAUUUCUGAUCGGUGAUGCAAUGAAAUACGACUUCCCCGCGAACUCCUUCGAUGCCGUGUUCUCUCGAGACUGUGUCCAACACAUCAAUGACCUCCAGGGGUUGUUGGGGCGGAUUAUGAAGUGGCUGAAACCCGGAGGGCAAGUCCUGAUCACGAUGUAUGGGCGUGGACACGGGCCGAAAACCGAUCUUUUCAAGCAAUACGUCAGCGACCGGGCCUAUUUCCUCCGCAGCCGCGAUGAAGUCCGCCAGAUUGCGUCGAAGGUUGGGUACAAAGAAGUGCUCGUCGAGGAUAUGACGUAUCGCUUCCGGGAGAUUCUCAUGGCCGAGCGAGCCCGUCUUGUUGAACAGAAGAUUGACUUCCUGCGCAAGUUCGGUCAGCGUGAGUACGACUCGCUGAUUUCCGGCUGGUCGGCGAAGAUUGAGUUCGUUGCAGCGGAUCUCCAGAAUUGGAACAUGCUGAUCGCGACGAAGCCGCUGGACAAG